AUGUCUUCUCCUCAACUCAUCACUGUCUAUGGUGCUACUGGCGCCCAAGGCGGCAGCGUUGUCCAGUCCCUUCUUCAGAACAAAGCCCAAGCUUUCAAGAUCCGUGGCAUCACUCGGAACCCAGACUCUGACAAGGCCAAGGCCCUGAAGGAGCAGGGUGUCGAGGUCGUCAAGGCUGAUGGUCUUGUCAAAGAGGAAGUGGUCGAGGCCUUCAAGGACAGCUGGGGAGUCUUUGUCAACACGAACUCGGAUGAUCCUGCUGUGAACCAACCUGGCGGUCCAAGCGAGACAGACUUGGGCAAGAGCCUCGUGGAUGCCGCCGCAGAGGCCGGAAUUCGUCACUUUGUGUAUAGUGGCAUGGCUUCCGCGUCCGAGAUUACCGGAGGAGCUGUCCCCAACAAGGCCUUCGAGGAGAAGCAUGCCAUUGGGGAAUACGCCAAGAGCAAGGGUGUCUUCGAGACUGUCAACAUCGUCAGCCCCGGCUGGUACAUGGAGAACCAUCUCGUCGAGGAAGUUGCCCCUGUCCUAGGAGGAUUCCCUUUUGUUCCUGAUGAAGAGGGAUACUUGACUCUGCACAUCCCUCGCUGGGGUGGCAAUGACGAGAUCCCCUUCAUCUCGAUUGGAGACGACUACGGCGAUCUUGUCCACGGUAUCUUCCUCGAUCCCAGCAAGCACAACGGACGCCUCACCCAAGGCAUCAGCUCUAGCUCGAAGCCUGAACAGCUCGUGUCUGGCUUUGAGAAGCUGACUGGCAAGAAGGCCCGGUUCGUACCCAUUGAGGACUGGAAGACGAUGGAGACGUACGGAGUCGAGGCUUUCGAAACGGUCAAGUACAUGUUCGGCUUUUGCCAGCACUCGGGCGGCUUGUACUAUGGCGUUCCCAACGACGUGGACACCACGGGUGAGCUGAAAGCGAGGGCGGCCGAGGCCAAGGGAGAGUCCGGUGACAAUGCGAAGCUGAUGACGCUGGAGAGGUUCCUUGGAAAGUACUUCGCUUUGUAG